AUCACCUGUUCUUUUUUUUCUUCAUCUUGAUUGUGCUAGUGCCAAAGUGUGUGUCAGACACCUUUUGCCCCCUCAGCUCCCUUUCAUCCAGGAACGGGAUCCAUUCUUGGGUACUAUUCAUAUAAAUAAUAUCCCUUUUCAAGAGGGGCUAUCCAGUUGGGCUCCGACGCACCCCGGUAUUACUACCUUCCCUGCGUCCGUCCAUCCCAUUCAGGUAUUCCUACCCAACGCUUUACACGCUUUGCUACCCAUCCAAUUCGCCCAAUUCAAAAACGGUUCCUGUCCCUUGGGCACUGCUGCAUUCCCGUCCCGUCCUGCUGGUCAAAUCAGCACACGACACAUUUUCCUGCGAUCUACUGUUCCUGCGUCGCCGUCGACCCAGGUCUCCAGUCCUGAGGCAAAGCGGCCAGCCGAUUUGACCAUAUUACUGCAUAUUUAUUCUGGACUGCCCCUCUUCUCCCCGCGCGGAGAGGAAAAAAAAAAGUUACCAUGUCAACCACCAGCCGGAAGAAUGUGAGGUGGGAGGACAAGGACAAGAGGAGUGGAUCCUCGCGAGCCUCGACCACCGGUGGCUCGUCGAGCGGCUCCAGCUACUCUGAAUACAGUGACCACCGGUACAACAUCGCUGCGCUCGAGGAGACUCUUCGCACUACCGUCAACGAGCUGGACCAGUGGAAGAACAAAGCCGCCGAAGCUGAGCAACAAAUCCGCAAGUACCAGAAGGAGACCAAGGAGUACAAGAGCAGAGUCUCCGCUCUUGACCAGAGAGUUGAGACUCUGGAGGACGACAAAUCGGAACUCGAGAAGAGCAAUAAGGCCCUGAGAGACGAGAUCAAGGAUCUGAAGGACAAGUACGCCAAGCUUCAAAAGAAGGUCAACAAGUCCGAGGCGAAGACAGACAGUCCCUCCUCGCCCGACACUGGAAAGCCCCGCCGGCAUGAGAGCAACAGCUCAAAGGAGUCUGACAGCGACAGACACAACGAUCGGCUCAAAGCGCGCUUCAACCGCUCUCCCGAAAGCACAACGAGCGACUCCAGCUCGUCCAAGCCACCAUCCAGCUCGCGGGCCACCCGUGGCAGCCGUCGCCUGAGUAUCAACGAGAGGCAGCCCUACUUGGAGGAAUGGGGCCCUGGAGGAUCUACAGCCGCCACGCAGACGACAGCACCGGUGUCACCCAGCUCCAGGCGGACAGGAAACUACAUCGCGACCAACUACCCUCCUAUCGCCACUGGCCCAAUCCCCAGCCCGACCACGGCAACAACUCCUCGCAGCCAUCGCCCAACGGUCGAGUACACAACCUAUGCCAACGUGCCUGUCUACCCAGAGGAUGGCAAUUACCACCCCUACCCACUCCCUCCUCCUGAGAUGCGCAAGAGGUAGCAUUAGUGUCACACAGGCCCAAAUCCAACAGUCUGUGCGGUAACAGGGCUUGUCUCGCUUGAGGCCUCACAUCCCUACUCUCCCGUCACACCUACAGGCCAAUGUGCACCACGGCAGCCACGGAAUCCUUCACCCUCCACUAGACUGGAUAUUACCCAAGUUGGAUUCGCUUACGCCCCCACUACCGACAGCUG